GGGGUGCGAGGCUGACGGCAAACCAGCGCGAGUGAAGCGCGAGGGCGGCGCCGGCACCGGGAAGACCCCUCCGCGCGAACCACGGCCGACCAGACCCGGGUCCCGGCUUCCGAGGCCCCGCCUCCUGGGCCUUGGGACUAAUCGGAUUGAGAGCGCGCCGGCCCGGACCGCGAACUCGCCAAUUGCGUAGGGCGUCAGCUACCGCCCAAUCCAGAGCAGACAGGUGCGAGGUCCGAAAGGCGGAGACCAAUCAGCAGCGGUUGCGGCCUGUUGGGGUCGGUCUCGACCAAUGAGGAGGCCCGAGUGACAUCCUCGCGCACCAAUCGGGAGUGAGAGAGCAUUCGUGCCUGCCCGCCCUUCCGGCCUGAGCUCUAUUUACCAGGGGCGUGCGGCCGGUUUACCAAUCAGAGCGCGGCUGAGCGGCCAAGCAGCCAACCCCGGAGGAGCGGCCGGCCGGCGUCCGCCGCACCCAAGAGUUGGGGAUGUCCUACAAACCCAUCGCCCCCGCCCCCAGCAGCACCCCCGGCUCCAGCACCCCUGGGCCCGGCACCCCAGUACCUACAGCCGGAAGUGUCCCAUCGCCAUCGGGCUCGGUGCCGGGAGCCGCUGCCCCUUUCAGACCCCUGUUUAACGACUUUGGACCGCCCUCCAUGGGCUAUGUGCAGGCGAUGAAGCCACCCGGAGCCCAGGGCUCCCAGAGCACCUACACGGACCUGCUGUCGGUCAUAGAGGAGAUGGGCAAAGAGAUCCGGCCUACCUAUGCUGGCAGCAAGAGCGCCAUGGAGCGCCUGAAGAGAGGCAUCAUCCAUGCCCGGGCCCUAGUCAGAGAGUGCCUGGCAGAGACAGAGCGGAACGCCCGCACGUAACAGGACGCAACUCCGCCACCGGGUCUGGACCUUUCCUGGCCACUGCAGAGCACCUGCUUCUCCCUGGCCUUCACCCCGAGUUGCACUUCCCAACCUGGGCUUCCUGUCCUGUGUCCCUUGGUGGGUGCCCUCCAGGAACCAGGGGGCGGCUCUCACUCCAGUCGACAGCACUGACUGGGACUCUUUCAAGAGUUAGCAGCGAGGUCACUGUGAGUCCCACCCAUGACCUGCCAACAGUGUUGAUCCAACUGGAGCUUGCUCCUUUCUGCGGCCCCCACCACUCAGCACUUACCCAGGACUUUUCACCACUUUUCCCAGACUCCUCCCCUAGCAGGGCCUCCGAAGGCCUGUCACCUCCCUGCCUUGUCUCCUGGGCCAUAGCGACUCUUUUUUCAGUGUCUUUUGCUAAAUAUGCCAUUUUUGUAUAAAUAAAAGAUAAUUUGGAGUUGUUCUCUCACCUCUUAA